AUGGAAACACCUCCAUUCAGACCAACAAUCUCAUUAAAGCGAAUGCACUUUAAAAAAUGCCAGCGCAACAAAAAACAUGCGCAAAGUCGUUACGAUAAUGAGGUCAUAAACAAUGACAUCAACAAUCAUGAUCACGCCAAUGACAUCAACAAGGUCCAGGCCAUUAAUAAAUAUGAUCAGAAAAUCAUUACCAGAACAAUUAGACAUAAUAUCAACAAACAUACAGACAACAACAUCAACAACUAUACAAACAACAACAUCAACAACCAUACAAACAACAGCAUCAACAACCAUACAAACAACAACAUCAACAAAGUCAAUAUUAUCACUAGGUAUGAUCAGAUCAAUGCUAACCACAUUUACCAAAACGAUCAAAUAAAUUUCAACGUCAGUAAUUUUCAUUCAAACAACAACAUCAACAAUGACAAUAACAUUAACUAUAACAUCAACAGCACCAACCACAACAACAACAACAAAGUCAACAAACACAGCCACAACAACAACAUGAUAAAUAACAAAAUAAUCGAAAUCGAUAACAAAAUCUACAAAGGCACAUUUGGCAUGAAAGACAACAAUGGCAACAACCACAACAACAACUACUACAACAACAACACUGUUCAAGAUGUUGUUGUUGUUGUUGGUGAUGAUGAUGAUGAUGACUAUUAUGAAUUUGAUCCGGCGGCGUCGGACGCGGAUGACCCUUUCAAUGAGAUGAAACAUUUCAAAAGCAAUUAA